AUGACUUCUACAGUAGUGCUUGCUAAGUUACCCACACCACUUGGAGAUCUGGUGUCCCAAAUUACGUUGGACGGGAGUACUGAGCUUGGAAAGACCGAGAAGGACAAGGUCGAAGUAGCUGAAUGGCUCAAUAAGAUAGCACAGGGAGAUGAUCUGGACAGUCUGCUGCUGUCUCGUACAUAUCUUGUCGGCAACUACUUGACUGCCGCCGACACUGCAUUGUACGGUGCUUUGCACUCUGUAUACUCGCAACUGCAAGCACCGCAAUAUUUCUCUUAUCCUGCAUUAACUCGCUUUUUUGAUCACAUCCAAUCGCGGCCUCAAGUGAGGAAAGCAGCAUCCGCUCUUUCUCCCGCCUUCUCGGUCGUGACGUUUGACCUAGAAAAUACUCCCAAAGCCGAGCGGAAAGCUGAUCCGCCAAAGAAGAAAGAGAAAGCGAUAGCCAGCAAUGUAUCGGAAGAGGCUUCAUCAGUACCUGUGACUCCAAGGGUGAAGAAGGGUAAAGAGGCCUCUGCUCCUGCUCCUGCCGUCGAGAAAAGCGGCAAGAUAGCGGGGGGCGCGGCUAAGGUACCCAAAAAGGAGAAGAAGGAAAAGGAGAAAAAAACACAAGAGGGAACGGUAGAUACGGGCAAGAAGAAAGCAGCAGGUGGUAACAGUAGUUCGUCUGCUGCAGAUGAAGGGGCGGGGGAGCCUGUCCCUUCCAUGAUCGAUCUUCGAGUGGGACACAUUGUUGACAUCGAGAAGCAUCCAGACGCGGAUAGUUUGUACGUUGAGCAAAUUGAUUUCGGCGAGGAGACUGGACCAAGAACGGUAGUAUCGGGCCUUGUGAAUUACAUCCCCAUUGAGGAGAUGCGUGACAGGUUACUCGUCGGUGUGUGCAACUUGAAACCUGCCAGCAUGCGUGGUGUGAAGAGCUUCGCCAUGGUACUAUGCGCAACCUCCAAAGAUGGCAAGGAGGGCGGUAUCGAGCUCAUCCGACCGCCUCCUGAUUCAAAACCUGGAGACAAGGUUUACUUUGAAGGGCCGGAUUUUGAGGAUGCGACACCACUAUCUCAGUUGAAUCCGAAGAAGAAAAUAUUUGAGACUAUACAGCCAGGGUUUACUACUUUGGAAACAAAGGAAGCUGCAUGGAUCAACCCUGUCACAAGAAGCGUUCACAGAAUUCGCACGAAAAACGGCGUAUGUGCUGCCCCAACACUGGUAGGCGCAUCCUUGUCGUAA